GCUGCUCUCAGCUCCAUGCGCCGCGAAUUUGCCGUGCUGAGGCUGCCAAACUCAGGCGAGGCUGCCCCUAUUCGUCGUUUCGAGGCAGGCCACAGCCCAAUACCGAGGUCACGAUGCUGCCAUGAUGCGUGCACUGCUGCUCGUCGUCGUCGUGCACGGCAAGCGGGCGCCGCCGCUGGGUGGCCGCCACGGGGCGCGCCUCAGGACGUACGCGCAGCUCGGGCGGCGCCGCGUGCCGCCGCCGGGGAGCACGCCGGACCACGUGAAGCGCGUCUACGACGAACUCGACCGCUCCGUGGCCUACUUCCCGCAGACGACGAACCGCAGCGAUGCUGCAAAUAUUGUGAAAGAGAUCCUCGCGCACCCCUACGGCCUCGCGCUCCUGAACGGGCGUUUAUUUGCCCAUGAAGGGGUCGACCUGAAGACGAUCCGGCAGUUCCGGUUGUUGUUGGAGGCUUCCGAGAGGCGGCGCGUCAGGAACGUCGUCGUCGCGCACAACUCGGCCUCGGAUGGUAGGUGCGCCACCGUAUGUAGGGACUGCGGCCACGGGAGCCACGAAAGAGAUAGAGGAAGACGCCACUUACCUUCCACGCUGAUAGCCAAGAAGGGCGGUUUCAAGGAAAGGUGCGGCGUUUUGGUGCCGAAUCCCUACUUUGGGACCUACAGAGAGCGCACGAACUCGACAAAUUAUGUCGUGAGGACGCCGUGGGUCCGGCGGCAGAACCAGGCCUUUUGGAGGGGAAGACUGAUCGAGCCCGGCAAGGCGUGCAUGAAGGAGAAGUGCGUGCCCGACCCGAAUUUAUGUGAGGGCAACCUCGCGCGCUUCGAGGGUUUGAGCCUGACGUUGCGCCACCCGGAGUUGUUUGAUGUCAAGGCGUUACAUAUCAGCCCGAGCUGUCGUGCGCUGCGUAGAAACCAAUUGCAACGCGCUAAACGCCAUCGACGCGAUGUUGCUCACUAGUUUAUUUGCGCACAGGGACCGACAAGGCGGCGCUGCGGAACCGCUCCUGUCUUCCUACGUCCUUCGCGACGAAGAUCGCGAAGCGGCUGCACAAGGUCACCGAACCGAAGCACCGUUCUCACUUGUGUGGAAAUCAAAUUUCGGGCGUCCCACGCCAUCGACGCGACGCCGUUCCCGUGGCCACAGUCGGCUCGAUGGCGUGGAGGUUCACGAUUCCUAACUCACUGGUUGAUUUCCACACAGGUCCUCACAACUACUAUGCGAGGUUCAAGAUGAACCUCCACUUUCCCGGAUCGACGACCGGUUCGUACAGUCGGAACCUCAACCGCGCGGCGCGGUGUCCUCGCCUUCACGCCAUCGCCGCGACUUCCAACCAACGGCUGUUCUCGCGCAGACCUCUGGUCGACCGACGCCGUCGUGCUCAUCUGGAAGCACGCCGCCGUGGAGCACUACUACCGCGGCCUGGCGCACGGCGCGACUCAUUUAGACGUCGACCUCGCCUCGGCCGCGGCGACGGCGCGGGAAGUUCUUAAGAACCAGCCCCUCGUGGCGAAGCUCAAGGCCGGCGCGCAGGCCGUUGUUCGCGACCUCAUUUGCCCUGAUUGUCUGGAAAAGUUCCUGGCGGCCGCGCUCGCCAAGAUCCGCGCGCGGCACGCGCAGAACUUAAUUCUAGACGACGCGGGAUCGCUGCGCGCCGCGCUCCGCGGCGCCAACUGCACCGGCCUCGUCGAGUACCGGCAAGCGCAUCCAACCCAAGACGACACGCAGCUCGGUCUGCACAAGGCGAUCGAGCGGCGGGUCAGAGUCGUGCCCCUCCCCGCUGCGAAGGUGGUCGGCGACGGCGAGGACCCCGCGUGCGCGGCGCUCGUCAAUACUGUAUUUAACAACUAAUGUACACAAGAAUAUUAACAAG